AUGAGUAAAGGACCUUUGGAGGGCCAAAAUUCUAACGAGACUCAGACAGCUUGUAAGAAAUCAACCAAUGACGAUGCAAUAUCUGAUUUUGCUACCGAAAUGAGCGUUCUUUAUAACAAAAAUGAAGCGGCACAAGAUAUUGGAACGGGAAAUUCUGAAGAAAGCGCUGGGAUCGGCAGUCAUAACAACGAUGAGGAACAUUAUAGCGAUAAGAACGCUAGCACGAGUAAUGGCAAAGUAAGAAAGAGAAGGAAAGUUAUUAAAUCAUGCACUUUUUGUCGUAAACGUAAAUUGAAGUGUGAUCGUAAGCGUCCCAUGUGUACUGGGUGCAAGAUGAGAGGUCUAUCUGAGUGUGUUUACACCGAUGGGUAUAAUUUUGACAUCUCACAUGAUGAUGUAUACAAUAAGAGCCCAAACUUGCAAUUACUAAAUGAAAUAGAAAGCUUGAAGCAACAAUUAAAGGUAGAGGGUACAGAGAAGCAUCUAGAGCCAGAGACGUUGAAGAGGUUGUCGAUAUACGGCUUGAUAAAGAAAGAAGCGAAUCCUUUAGUACGGUGUAAAUAUGUCAUGAAAAAGCACGAUAGGAUCAUUCGUUAUGGUUGUACAUCUACUAGAACAAUCAUUAGACUGAGUAGUGAAAAUGUGACUAAUUAUUUCCAAGAAGUGCUCAUGGUACAUAAGAAGGAAAGGUUGAAACUUAAGGCAAGAACAGGAACUUCGAUGUUAUAUGAAUUGCAAAGGAUUGAAACUCCUUGGUCACUCGGUAUGGUUAUAUCAGACCUUCCAAAGUAUUCUGAGCUUUGUACCGCGGUAAUGCAUUCUUUCGGCUACAAAGGAUUUCACCUUCAUAAUAUCUUUUCAGAAGAUAAAAUCAUGCAGUAUCUUACCGAUUGUUUUAAAGUAGUUGAUGACCGUAUCAUUGAGCUUAUCCCUCACAGUAAAUUAAACUACUACCCUAUUGCGAUAGUGUUGCACUUAUAUACAAUUUUGAAGGAUCAGAUGCCCCAUAGCUUUAUCAGUUUUUUCGUUAUGUUAAUUGGCCAGAAUACUGCAAAAAUCUGCUAUAUUGAACGAGUUCAAUUCCUUUUACUACACUAUAUUUGGAAAUCCUCAAGACAUCAAAGUGGUGGUGAUAAUUCGCACUUACUUGCCGUUGUAGAACUGAUGGUAAUGUCAGCUUUGGAUGUUGGAUUGAACGAUUCAAUUGACGCUUUGCAGGGUGAUGAAAGAAUACUUAAAAACUUAUGGAACUGGAUUCUCUUCUAUGACAUUACCAUUGCUUUUGAUAUUGGUCGUCCACUUUUGGUUUCUGCAGAGAUGUUUGAUACAGAGUCAUUAUGGAAAGAAAGCGAACCUCUGUCUGAUGAGCCAAAUCAAGAGUUUGGAGCUGCCUUUAUGAGAAAAUUACGGAAAUUUAUCUUUUACGGUAGAUCAAUCCUAAAUGGUCUCCAUACUAGAGAUAAAAUACCUGAUUUGGAUCUUUACACGAAUUUUAUGGAAACCUUGUUGGACGAAAUUUGGCCUGAAAAUAUUGAUUACUUUGCAGCCGAUAAAACUCUCUCUAGACCCUUGCCGCUAGCGGAAAUGGUUCUUUCCUUCCCAAUUCUCAGUAUUAUUUGCACGCUAAGAAAUUUGAAACGAUUAUGGUUCAAAGAUACAUCAGCUUCUAACAGUAACGCCUUCGGAAAAUAUACCAUGAUGUCCACAGACUUGGUCUUCGGUUCAAUCGUAAAAUGUUACCAGUUAGACUAUGAAGAAUCUCACGGCAAUGUCAUGCAGUCCUCAUCGUUAGCUUCAAAUCUAAGAUUUUUGAUCGGAGCUAUAUCUUCGCAUUGGAUCAGAGCUCUAAUGCAGGGAUAUGAACUCCUAUAUUCAAUGGCUUUGAGCGCGAAAUUUAUCAAUGCCGAACGAACAACCUUUUGUAGUGAAUCGGGAACCCCUUCCGAAAACUCCAAUUUCCUUCAUGUCAUACUAUAA